UAUAAAUAAAAUAUAAACAAAAUAAAUGAGUGUAAGAAAAAAAAUGUGUUUAGUCCCUAAUAUAGAUACAUUUUCCUGAGAUCACUCUGAUUUACCGGACUGCACGUUUUGUAGAAAUAUAGUCACAUGAUUCAGCAACUAAUUGUUGCUUAUGUUUGUCUCGGUCCAUUCAUACAACAAGGACACCUAGACAAAGGGGACUAGAAGACCAGAGUCCAUUUGUGGGGAUUUAUCUGUUUAAUAACUGGAGGAGCUGUGCUUGGACCCUGAAGGCCACAUAAUAACCUGCUUUGUCAUCACUAAUGCACUGAUCCCACUAAAUGGACCAGGACAGGUCCCAUAUUAAAGACCACUUCUUCUCUUAUCCAGUCCCUCGAUCCCCCAUGGACAGUAACAUCUUUCUUCAACUCUCCUGAGGAUUUAGAGAUUACAAUUAUGGCUGGUAUAUAAGCACCACCAAGGACGCUGACCCCAGUAAGGUUAGCCAGGACCCAACGCAAGGAGGAAGACUCGUCCGGAACAAAGUGAGACCUUCGUCCACACUCCAGGAGCUUUUGAAGUUCUGACCAGAAACAGAAACAAUCUUUCCUUCUCCUCUCUAGCUUUUGUCAUCGGCAUCUUUCCUGUCUUCUAUCUCAGCAGUCAUGGACGCAUCUUCGCUGGUGACUCUUCUGACUGUGUUGAUGGCCAUGGCUGAUUUCAGUCAAGCUCUCCACUUGCAAAGUGGCCUGGACAAGAGUGACAUUUCUCCUGACAGCGUAGAAGAAAACAUGGCGGAACACCUGCUGGGACUGGGGAGUGAAAACACAGAUACCAGUAUUGAUGAUCGUCUGUUGAUCUCAGUGCUGAGAGCUCUGCUGCACGGAGCUCACAGACAAACCAGGACGUCUGUUCUUCAUCAGCCUCAAAGGUUUGGACGGGGCUCCAGGGGACUGGUGAUGACGCAGGAGCAGGUCCAGCCUCGUACCUGGGAGGCAGCCCCAGGUCAGAUCUGGAGUUUGGCCGUUCCCCAGAGAUUCGGAAGGAAAUUAGUCACAUCUACUCAGUGAUGUCCAGAGACAAGGCCAAGCGGAGAAAUACAUGCGGAAAGAAUAAACCGAUCUGAACCAAAGUCAAAAUAAAAUCCUGUUUUUGUACCACAACAUUUGACCUGACUGCCUGAAAUGAUAAAGGAAAACAAAAAAAAAAAGAAGGAUCCUUUUAAUAUUCUUUUUUGUCUAAUAUCUAAAACCUGCAGCAUGUUU